CGAACCACUUGGAGUUUUUUUAUUAUUUAGUGGCUUUCCGUGGAGGACCAGAGGUUCGUAUUUCGUAACUAUAUAUCCAUGAUUAGCCGACGACAGGAUAGGAACCCAAACCAUCUUGUUAAAUACCCAAACCAACCUUGACGAAACACCCCUUUAUACUUCGAGGAAGGAAACCAAAAUCCAAUUAUUCUUCUCAUCUCCUCUCAUCCUUGAAUCCUUCGCAACUUGGACUGAGGUGUAAUCAUGGAUCGGAGAGUUGAACUCUUUUUCCUCCUUGUGUUGGUUGGUGCCUGGGGCUGCUCUGCCAGACAAUUCAUAACCCUUGAGCUUCCUGUCGAUAAGGAAGCAUCAGUGGAAAUCCAGGAGCAAGGAAGUGGAAUUCAUGCUGCAGACGUGGCGAAGAAGGACCAAGUAUGCACAAUAUGUGAGCAGUACAGUGCUCAGGCUCUAGAGUACAUUUCUAACAACAAGACACAGACAGAGAUUAUAGGACUCCUUCAUCAAACGUGUGCUCGUUUUCCCCCAUAUAAGACUGAGUGCAUCAGUUUGGUAGACUAUUAUGCUCCACUCUUCUUCUUGGAGGUUUCUUCUAUCAGUCCUGAAGAUUUCUGUAGAAAGGUGGACCUUUGCCAAAAGGUUGCAGCCAUUGCCGCAAAAAUCGAAGAAGAUGCUUGUGGAAUCUGCCACAAUACUGUUUCUGAAGUAAUGGCCAAGUUGAAAGAUCCCGAAACUCAGUUGGAGAUAAUUGAGCUGUUAUUAAAGGCUUGCAACUCCAUGGAUAGUCGCAAGGCACAGUGCAAGAAACUGGUGUUUGAGUAUGGUCCUGUGAUCCUUAUAAACGCAGAACAAUUCCUGGAGAAGACAGAUAUAUGCACCGUUCUGCAUGCUUGCACGAAUCAACCAUCCUCAGUUGUUGUGGCCGACUCAUGA